AUGGAUAUUCGGAAGAAGCGGAGGCCGUGGUGCGCUCUGGUGUUUGUCGCGCUCAUGUGCCUAACUCUGGCACAUGCAGAUCCAGUUGAUGUUUUGCGGGUGCUGCAGUUGCCUUCCCUCCCUGAAGGUGUACAAAAGGUUCCGGGUUUCUGCACAUCACGUCGAGCCGGUACUCCUGAUCAUGCCUACCGUAUCACCAAGAAAGCCCAGAUCUCUGCCCCCACUAAACAACUAUUCUCAGGACGUUUCCCAGAGAACUUCUCCAUCAUGACUCUUCUAAAACCCAAGGCUGGUCUUCAGGCCUUCCUUUUGUCCAUAUACAAUGAACAGGGCGUACAGCAACUUGGUCUAGAAUUGGGACGCUCGCCCAUCUUCCUUUAUGAGGACCAGAAUCGCAAACCUGCCCCAGAGGACUACCCACUGUUCAGAGGGGUCAACUUGGCUGACGGCAAGUGGCACCGCAUUGCUAUUUCUGUGCAGAAGAAAAACAUUACUUUGAUUCUGGACUGCAAGAAUCGCAUCACCAAAGCUCUGCCGCGUAGCAAAAACUCAGUCUUGGACACCAAGGGCAUCACUGUCUUUGGGGCCCGUUUACUGGACGAGGAAGUGUUCCAGGGUGAGAUCCAGCAGUUGCUGAUCGCUUCCAACCCUCAGGCUGCCUAUGACUUCUGUGAGCACUACAGCCCGGAUUGUGACUCCCCCCUGCCCAAAGUCCAGUCUCAGGACCCAAACACCUACGAUGUAGAUCCUGCUUACUCUGAGGCUGACCACACCCCCACAGAGACUGAUUAUUAUUACACAGUAGAAGAAGAGGCGAGUCCACAGCCAGAGAGUGAUCUAACUGGAUAUGAAGAAACCAUUACACAGGUUGACGAGCCUGUCCCGGGUGAGGAGAUAGAUCUUACAGGUGUUGAAGGGGAGUCUCAGAUGCCUGAUGAGCCCUUCACUGAGGAGUACAUAACCAGCGACUUUGGAAUGAAGGAAUAUGACUAUUCCUACAAGGACUACAAUGAACCCAUCUUUGAAAGCAAGACAGAAGACAGCCUAGGUCCCGCCCUGUCCGCUGUGACAGAUGAGGGGGGCCAAUCUACAGGAGAUGGUUCCCCUGACAGCUAG